UGUGAUCCCACGUGUGUGUGACCAAAGAUGACGAACACAUUGACGAAUUUAUUUGUUUUCACGAUCCUCGUGUGCUCACUUUCUUAAAAAUUCUACAAAAAUACAAUAAAUUCAGCCUUAGAAUAUAUCGAAAAGCCGAUUCCAUUUUUAACUCAAACUAAUCUGCGAGGUGAGACAACGUUUGAUUUGAUCAAUUUCUUGAAAAAAUUUGUAAAUUCGCUGUAAAAUUCAUACAAAGAACGUGCUCCAUUCGAAUGAAUUUGGCGAGUCAACAAAUAAUUUAAUUUGAAUUUUCAACCUAUUUUAAAGGCAAAUAUUUUGAACAUUAGAUUUUAUUGUGGAGAAAUAGAGAUAACGUCGAUAGUGAUAAAAAGUUUACGUUUAAUUACAAAGUUUAUUUACACAAAGUUUCCACUUGAAUUGGAAAAUUCUUGCCUCUGUUUUUGCAAACAGAUGUGUUCUGUCGUAAAAAACAUGUCCAACAAAUUUGACGCGUUGAAGACUAGUGACGACAGUGGAGAUGACGAAUCUCAGUUAAAAGACAGUCUGAAAUCUGAUAAGGAUAUUUUACCACCUAUAGAAUUAAAUCCAAGCGACCAUAAGUUGCAGUAUGCAUAUGCUUUGUGGUACAGUCGAAGGAGUCCCGGGAAACAAACAAAUGUACAAAGUUACGACCAAAACCUAAAAUUAGUAGGAAGAUUCGGAAGUGUAGAACAAUUUUGGGGUCUUUAUAGCCACUUAGCCAGACCUUCGGAAUUAUCAAUACACACAGACUUUCACCUCUUCAAAGUAGGAAUUAAACCUAUGUGGGAGGAUGAAGCGAAUCAAAGAGGAGGAAAAUGGAUCGUCCGAUUACGCAAAGGCUUGGUUGCCCGGUGUUGGGAAAAUUUGGUCCUAGCGAUGUUGGGCGAACAAUUUAUGGUGGGCGAAGAAAUUUGUGGGGCCGUUGUUUCAAUUAGGUAUCAGGAAGAUAUAAUAUGCGUAUGGAAUAAAACGGCAUCUGACGUAGCAACGACAGCUCGAAUCAGAGACACAUUGAGGCGCGUAUUGCAUUUGCCAGCCAGUGCGUCCAUGGAAUACAAAACACACAACGAUAGUUUGAAAAAUGUAAUGCGCCUCUAGUUAUUUUUUCAAAUUGAAUUGAUAUCUCUAAUGAAAUGAUAAUUACAUUCUUGUGAAAAUUGCGAGAAACGACUGAGUUCUUUAAAUUAACUUCUUUUCACCGGAGCACACUUUUCGACUUUUUGAAGUGAGAUUUUGCAUAUUAUGUUUGAAAUCCAUCCGAUUUCUUUUGAGUUUUUUUCUUUUAAACUCCGAGGUUAUUUUGCUUACUCAUGAAGUUUUACAUCUGAGGGAGUUAAGUUAUUUUUUGGGUGUUUAAAAUUCUAUUCAAUUAAGAAUUUGACGCUGGAAAAUGAUUUUGAGCGAAUUAAUAUGAAAUCUCGAUUGUGAAGAAAGUGAAAUUAUUUUACAUGUGUACAAUCUUUUUAUGGUAGAUGUACAGAUAUUAAAAUACAUAAUAUGAAUAAAAGCCAAAUAAUGAUUGAUAAAAAUGUAAUUUUCAUUGAUUGUUAGCAUUUGUACAUUAUAAUUUUAAUAAGUGUAGUAUGUGAAAAUGAGAGAAGGUAAUAAACAAGAUUCAUGUGCUUAA